AUGACUGUCAAACCACAGAAACCCACCUGCGCCCUCGAACCCAUCCAUCUAGACAACCCCAAUCAUUUCGCCAAACUUCAAACCCAACGCCAACUCUGCGGCUGGGAUCACGAGAUCACCACACUAAAAAAAUGGGCAACCAAACAACGCGAAGGCCUCAAGAGUCUCUUCUGGAUUGCCAUCCCUGACCCUUCCAUCACCAACAUCAAUAGUACAAUCUACGUCGGCCACAUCGCCCUCGACGCCUACGCCGACCCACCGGACCCGGACCUCGCGCGCGCAGACAAAUCCAUCCUCACAGUCCACUCCUUCUUCAUCAUGCCGGAGUACCGGGCGCUACGGUUAGGCCGGCGCGCCAUGGCUCUUGUGGAGGAGAUGGCCGUUGAGGAACCGCGGUGCCGGUUGAUCACGCUCACGGCGCUGAGUAAACGGUACAUGUACGAGGAGGGGCCUGAGGGGCGCGGCAUAUGGGCGCGGAUUGGGAUGGACCAGCCGGCGUUUAGUAUCCAGGAGUGGUAUGAGAAAGGGGGCUAUGUGGCUUGGAAGGAGGGCCCGUUGUAUGAGGCGAGCACGGUGGAUGGCGGGGUGGUGGUGCUGUGGGAGGCGUUUAUGAGGAAGGAGGUGCGGGUGGAAGGUUGUGCUGAGCGGAAAUUGAUGAAAUAG